AUGGUAGGCAAGCUACUUAGUGAGGCGAGGGGCGAGCAGCCCUUGUGGUCCGCAAUGGGCAAGCAGCCCCUGUGGUCUGCGAUGGCCCAUGUGUUCAUCGAGCAGAUUAGGCGCGUGGAGGAGAUUGGGGACGCCGAGGCCGAGGCGACCCAGGUGAGCAUGGAGCCUUUGGGUGAGCUGAGCAACGACGUAGGUGAGGGAUGGCCAAGGCAUGGAGGAGGAGCUUCAAGGCACUGGGGUAAGCACUGA